AAAAGAGAGCGGUCUGAAGAUGCGUAGCAUAACGAAACAAUGCCAUCUUCCGCAUCAAUCUCAUCGCCUUCUUCUCUUGCUCUGCUCUCACCUCGAACUCGAUCUCCACUCACUCCCAAAACCCUAAUCUUCUCCAGAAAAACCAGAAUCGAUCUUCCUUCUUCCCUUUCUGCUUCCCGGCGACCUCGCGAUUUCAUCAACGGGAGGGAUGAUUUCGAAGACGGUGCGCGGAGCUGGAACAGGAAGAUCAGACCGGAGUAUAGGUUCGAUGACGAGGAUUACGAAGAGGAAGACGAUCACGAGGAGGAGGAAGAAGAUAGAAGCUUGGAUCUUUUACUUAGGUUUGUGGAGAAUGUCUUUAGAAAGGUUUCAAAGAGAGCUAGGAGAGCCGUCCGAUCAAUCUUGCCUGUUUCGAUAUCCACCAAGCUGGUGGGGUUCUCAGUGAAUGGCGUACUUAUACUUGCGUUUUUGUGGAUCUUGAAGGCCUUUCUCGAGGUAGCUUGCACACUUGGGACUAUAGUAUUUACGAGCAUUCUACUUAUACGUGGACUUUGGGCUGGUGUAGCAUACGUACAAGAAAGCCGCAACAACAGGAUCAACGAACUCGCUGAUGAUCCUCGUGCAUGGAACGGGGUUCAACCAGCGUCCUGAUUAAAAUUGGCUUUAUACUUGAAUGAAAUCUCAAGUUUCUGACUUUUGAGAGCCAAGUUUGGUUUAGGUUCUUGGAAGGCAAUAAAAACACACCUGAGUUCUGAUUCAGAAAGCAGUUACAGUGGAUGAUGUUCCAGUAAAAGAACAAAAUGUAAUAUUUUGUAGCAUUUUACUAAGUCAGCUAUGGAAGCUUGGCAUGUAGCAUUUCUUGGUUUGUUAAACAAAUAAACAAUAUUUUAUAGAAUCACACCAUUUAUCUAUGUUACCUUUUUAGUUUUGUACAAAAUCA